AUGGCGGAUAUUCAAGAACCACCAGAGCUCGUCCAGGCCGGCCAGCUGUGUGACCGCUGCCAGAUGCUCGACUUCGAGGCCAUGUUCGCGGACGAGGUCAACGAAGAACCCAUGGGCGCCCUCUCCUUGUACAUAGACACCAGCUGCCCCUUCUGCGGCCUGGUCUCGCAGGCCAUCGGCCGAGCCUGGGGCCCCGGGUGGGAUGCCGCGCGGCUCGGCCGGUCCGCAGCCAACAAGCAGCCCCAACUCUUCAUGAUGAGCCGGAGCCCCCUAUCCGUCAAGGAGGCCGGCCGCACCGAGCACCCCCAUCCGCGCCUGCUGCUGGCCAUCAGCCAAGAGCCGCCCGGUCGGCACCGCAACAGGGCGACGCUCAGGGAGAUCGACCAGAUCAAGAACCGCUUCCUCAUCGCCGAGUUCGAGGCCCUGCCGCAUAGGGACGAGGAGGCGCACUUCCUGCCGCGGCGCGAGAUUGGCAGCCGCAUUAAACCCCGGCAGCUAAGGGGCUGGCUCGAUGCGUGCCAGCAGCAUAAGCACUCCAGGGAGGCCGCUAGCCGGCGCGACGACCAUGACUUGUUCGCGGCCGGACCAGGUUUCCGUCUCGUCGACGUCGCGGACGAGUGCCUGGUGCAGCGGACGGAGCGGUGCGACUACGUCGCCUUGUCCUACGUCUGGGGUCCGCUCCCCACGACUCUCAGACCAGGAAACGCCACCGGCCAGACGCCUAUCCUGCUUUCCACCCAACAGAUGAUCGAGGAACUCGGAAUCAAGGGAAUCCGAGACACGAUGGAGCUGACCCGGCAGAUCGGGAUGCGAUACCUGUGGGUCGACACAUUGUGCAUAGUCCAGGACGACAGGGUGGACCAGGCGCGUCUGGUCGGCAGGAUGGACCAUGUCUACAACUCGGCGACGGUGACCGUCAUCGCCGCAUGCGGAACCGACGCGGAUGCCGGGCUGAGCGGGAUACGCGCGCGUCGGGGGCACCCAAUCCGAUCACACAAGAUCGUCGACUCGGACGGAACGACGUUGAACCUCUCCCUCUGCUUGCCCUCUCUGUGCGAUGAGGUGAGGAGAGCGACGUGGAACAUGCGCGGCUGGACAUUCCAGGAGCAGUGUCUCUCGCGCCGCUGCCUGUACUUCACGCCCGACGAGGUCUUCUUCAACUGCAGCAUCGAGAUUCAGGACUACCAGAGGGCAGUGCAGGAAUUUGGCAGGAAGAAUCUCACGUUUGCAUCCGACGUGCUCAACGCCUUUGAGGGCAUCUUCAGCCGCUUCAGCAAGUCCGUAGAUAGGGGCCAUAGGGCGGACCUGGACAUCCGCCAGACGCAGGGCUUACCAAGCCAUCUACUCUUCCAGGCGAUCCUCUGGUUUCCCUCGGACAGCGCUCGCAAGCGCACAUGCCUGCCCAGCCAACCUGGGGGUGUUGCCGAGUCAUUCUCGACUUGGUCCUGGGCCUCCUGGACUGGCCCGAUCGAGUUCGUCUUCGCUGACAGCGCAUGGCUCUCGCGGAAUAUCUCGCAAGCCCCCAUCAAGGGUGUACCCCUCCAUGUGCCCAUCACCCGGUGGCAUUUUGGGGUCUCGACAGGGCCUGUCUGGUCUCGCGAGGUCUGGGCCGCGUGUGACGAGCGCCCUCCUAUCGCCAGAGGCAUCUCCACGGAGGAGCUCUUCCGAACCAAGGGCGAGCUUGGCCGCGUUGGAAUCGACGUUGACCUGCUGGUGGAAAACGCGACGGCCGAGCCUGGCAGGCCGCUAGCCUGCGGAGAGCUUGGCUUUUUCGGACCAUGCGUUCAGAUUUGA